AUGUCUUUCCAAAACACAGAGUCAGUUAUCCUCGACAUCGAAUCUCCAUCCUCCCGUGCUCCAGCCUACACCAUCCAAACCCAAUCCCCAUUCUUGCGCCUCCCAGCCGAAGUCCGCAACCGGAUCUACAACCACCUCUACACUCCUGCCGCAGCCAUCGCGCGCAACAAACCUACCUACCAUCGUCCCUCCCCCUUCAUCACCUCUCCCCCAAAUCUACCCGCCCUCUCACAAACUUGCCACCAACUCUGCUUCGAAACCCGUCUCCUCCCUUUCUUGUCAUCCGAAUUCACCGGCAGCCCUUCGAAACUCAUCGCUGCCCUGCGCGCUCUAGCACCAGAACAUCGCGCACUGGUUACACACGUGACUUUCCUAGUCAGCUACGAUGACACUCGAUUCUCACCCACGAGACCUCCGGUGGGGUUGCUGGGGUACGAAUUUGCGGAGGCGUUGCAAGCAUUGGUGGAGUUUGAGGGCGUGGAGAUGGUGAGCGUGGAGCGGGUGAUGGGGUACUGGAGUCGGGGGGUGGAGUUGGAAGAUUUGGUGUAUGAGGAACUUGAAUAUAUGGGUAUGGAUUAUGUGGAUGUUGUGGUUAUGCCUGAGCAGGGAGGGCGUAAGCGAUGA